UUUAUCAUAUUACUGUUUUCUUUCUCACUGACUGAGUGUGUAGCGACACACACACACACACGCACACAGAAUAGAGUUUGUGGGUGGAGUCCGGAGUCGAGAGGACUUGUCGGUUGCGUGUGAACACGCACACACUCACGCACACACCGAGAGUCAGUCGCCGGGAGAUGAAGACGUGAAGAAGACAUGAACGCAUGACGACGUGAACCCGUGAAGACAUGACGACAUGGACUUGUUAGUGUGCACGGUGUUCAUUGUGUUUGCGCGCGCCGCCGCCCUCAGCACACACGGCACAGAUUCGCUCCAAGAGGUCUUGUCCGAAUUCCGCGUGGUUCUUCCAAUCAGAACCGACGCGCAGGGCCGCUUCCUGUCGGCGUCGGUCUCUGCCCACUCUCCGUCCCGCAGCAAAAGACACGCCCCCUGGAACGAGACAUCGUGGACACACCCGGCGGAUUCUGAGUCGGAGCUCUUCUACAAUGUGACGGUGUUUGGGCGGGAGCUGCACCUGCGGCUGCGCGCCAACCGCCGCCUGGUGGCCCCGCGAGCCACCAUGGAGUGGUGGGAGGAGUCAGGACUUAAGCGCUCAGAGCCAAUUAGAGACACCGGCUGCUUCUACACGGGGGGCGUGUCCAACAUGGAGCGCACAAGCGUUGCCCUUAGCAACUGUGAUGGACUGGCUGGGAUAAUCCGAACAAGUGAGGAGGAGUUCUUCAUCGAGCCGUUGCAUCGCUGGGGGUUGGGAGGCCAGGGCGAAGACGAGCAUGAUGAAGGAGGAAGACAACACAUCGUCUAUCCAUCGUCCGCUAUCAUCAAGUCCAAACAACGGGCAGUCAAUCAAACUGCUGACUUCCUGCGAGGACCGCUCUUAGGUUCCUUGGAACAGCUAAGGUCCAAAUCCAGUUCGGGUCGGCGGCGGCGCCGCUACAUCGAAGAGGCGGAUAUGUUCAACAUAGAGGUCCUGCUAGCUGUGGAUUAUUCCGUCCUUCUUUUUCACGGACAAGAACACGUCCAGAAAUAUCUUAUCACCCUGAUGAACAUCGUUAACGAGAUAUAUCAAGAUCAUUCCCUUGGUGCCAAUGUCAACAUUGUUCUGGUGCGAAUCAUCAUGCUGUCUCCAUCCAAGUCCCAGGAGCUGAUCUCAGUGGGAAACGCCCAGAGGAGUCUGGAGAACGUCUGCGGCUGGUCCUACAUCCAGCAGAGAGAGCAGAACCCCAACCAGCAGCACGACCACCUGGUCUACCUGAGCAGACGAGAGUUUGGACCAUCCGGCAUGCAGGGCUACGCUCCGGUCACAGGAAUGUGUCAGAUGCACCAGAGUUGCGUUCUGGUCUUGGAAGACGGUUUCUCAUCAGCCUUCGUCGCUGCUCAUGAAAUCGGACAUGUGUUGGGAAUGGAGCACGACGGCGAGGCCAACGACUGUGACGACGACGUGUCCCUGGGCAGCAUCAUGUCGCCACAAGUGGAGGCCACGUUCUACCGCUACCACUGGUCCAGAUGCAGCUGGAGCGAGCUGCACAAGUACCUGCACACGUACGACUGUCUCCGGGACGACCCUUUCAGCCCCGACUGGCCGACUCCGCCCCUUUUGCCAGGGUUCGAGUACUCCAUGGAGCAGCAGUGCAGCUUCGACUUCGGCCCAGGAUACGGAACCUGUAAUGCUUAUCCCAACACGCAGCCUUGCCAGCAGCUGUGGUGCAGCGACUACAACCAUCCUUUUUUCUGUAGAUCCAAGAAGGGUCCGCCUCUGGACGGGACGCCGUGCGGACCCGGCAAGCACUGCUUCAAAGGCUCCUGCAUUACGCUGACGGCCAACCUCCUGCGACAAGAUGGCGCCUGGAGCUCGUGGAGCGGCUACGCCAGCUGCUCCAGGACUUGCGGGGGCGGUGUCCGGAUCCGCUCCAGGAACUGCGACAGCCCGCCGCCAGCCAACGGGGGGCGCACCUGCUUCGGAAAUAGUUUCGAGUUCCAACUGUGCAACCAACAGCACCAGUGCCCCGCCAUGACAGACUUCAGGGCGGAGCAGUGUAGCGCCUGGGAUGACUUUUUAGAACAUGAAGGAAAAAAACAUCGCUGGCUGCCUGUGGAACACGCCAACCCCGACGAGCGAUGCAAUCUGUUCUGUCGCUCCGACGAGACGGGCGCACUGGUGUCCAUGAAGAGAGCAGCGCACGAUGGGACGCUGUGCUCCUACAAGGACGCCUACAGCGUGUGUGUUCGAGGAGAGUGUGAGCACGUCGGCUGCGACGGGGAGAUCGCGUCGGACCUCCAGGAGGACCGUUGCGGGGUGUGCGGUGGAGAUCAUUCCCGCUGUCGUGUGGUCAAAGGGAACUUCAGUCGCAGCGCCAACAAAACAGGUUACCUGAAGAUCCUGGAGAUUCCUCGAGGCGCUCGACACCUCCUGGUGCAGGAGUUCAGGAGGACCCCUCACGUCCUCGCGGUGAAGAACCAGGAGAGCGGCCGCCUGUUCCUGAACGACGAGGACACGGAGCCGACGUCCCGCGUGCUGGUGGAGAUGGGCGUGGCCUGGCGGUACACCCGCAGCGAGGAGCAGGAGGUGGUCCAGACCGAGGGCCCGCUCAAGUACGCCGUGGUCCUCAUGCUCCGUUCCCAUGGCGAUGCCAAGCUGAUGGUGUCCUACAAGUACGUGAUCCAGGACCACCUGCGCUCUUCGCUGGAGUCCAACCUGGUGCAGGAGGACGCCAUCUUCUACGAGUGGGCGCUCAAGCAGUGGUCUCAGUGCUCCCAGUCAUGCGGAGGAGGGAAACAGUACACCCGCUUCGGAUGCCGCCGGAAGGCAGACGGGGUGAUGGUUCAGAGAACGUUGUGCUCCAACAUCAGCAAACCGAGAGCCAUCACGCGCAGCUGCAACACCGACGUCUGCAGCCCGCCACGCUGGAUGACCGGCGGCUGGGAGGCCUGCGGCGCCUCCUGUGGACAAAGCGGCUGGCAGCGUCGCUGGGUGGGCUGCCAGCUGGUGUCCGUCGGCGGGCGCCGGCUUUCCGUCAACAGCGAACUCUGCCAGGACCGCCGGCCGGACGCCAAACGGCCCUGCAACCGCCUCCCGUGCCCGGCGGUGUGGCGGGCCGGGCCCUGGACGCCGUGUUCCGUCACCUGCGGCAACGGCACGCAGGAGCGUCAGGUAGCCUGCUUCCGGCCCGAAGGAUCCUCGGGGAACUGCAGUCUCGUCCCGCCCAUCGCCAACCGCACCUGCAGAGCGCCACCGUGUGGCGGCGACCCGAAGAACUUCAUGGUCCAAUGGCUGUCCAGAUCCAGUACGGACGUCCCGCCGGCUAAGACCGCCUCGAGGCAGCGUUGCCGUGGCGACCGCUCGGCAUUCUGUCGGCUGGAGGCGCUCAGUCGCUACUGUGCCAACGCCGGGUACCGACAAAUGUGCUGCAAGUCCUGCAGCAACUUCAGCGUUUCCGCCACAGUGACGCCACAGCCGAGCCCCACCCCCUCCAGCAGCACAUGGACAGUGACUCCGCCCCCCAGCACCACCGACUUUAUUUACGUGGAUUACGACGACGACGCGCUCGUCACUCCCGUGACCGCGCCGCCGUUUUUCCUCACGGAGUCCACGCCCACUUCUGCUGUGGCAACCUCUGUUGCUAUGGUAACCGCCGCGGGGAUAACAGCACUCACCCCGCCGCUCGGGACAGUCGCCGAUGUCAUCGCCCCGAGCGGGAGGCGCCCCGCCGGCGGACGUUCGUCUUCCUUUCGGGCGACGUCGCCGAAGGUGGCGAAGGACUCGGCGGGCGAGAUUUCCUACGGCAUCGUGGGAUUGGACGCUGACGGGACGAGGGGCCCGCAGAGCCACUUCGUGCCCCGGGUGCCCCCCGUCCGGGAGCGGACGCAAAACAAACGCAUCCAGGAGCUUCUGAACGAGAAGCUGCGGAGGCCCGGACGGCGCCGCCGACCCGGCGCCUUGUAGGACGCGUCGUUUGCGUUUUCGUUGGUCUGGUGGCGCUGGCUUGUUUUUAGACUUUGUGGAGCAGCACUACGUGGACCUGAAGCGAGCCAACGCAGACUUCCCCAUCCUGGUCCGAGAAUGUUCCGGAGUGGAGGCCCGACUGUGGGCUCGUUACGAUUUCGGGAAGGAACG